UGGAUAGGGCGUUGACAUCAAUCGAAGAGGCGAUCGGCCAAGUGGUAUGCGUGUGUGAUAUUUGCGUAGAAUUUUGCGGUAUCGCACGAUCGCCUUCCCUGUUAUAGAUUUAUCUGAAUUUGUUAUGAAUUAAUUUAGCCAGAAACAUGUCAAUUAAUCUGACGAAAAACAAAGAUGCCUUGGUGGCCGCUUGGCACAGCGUGGUCGACGAUAAAUCGUCUACUGACUGGGCUCUGUUUGGUUAUGAAGGGCAGACAAAUGACUUAAAAGUAGUUGGAACAGGAAAUGGCGGGUUGGAAGAAAUGAUUGAUCGAUUGAAUAGUAGUCACAUUAUGUAUGCAUUUUGCAAAGUCAUUGAUACUAAAACAAGUCUACCAAAAUGUUUGCUCAUUAAUUGGCAAGGAGAAGGUGCUCCUAUUGUUAGAAAAGGAACAUGUGCUAAUCAUAUUAGAGAUGUAGAGAAAUUAUUAAAGGGUGCACAUAUAACAAUUACUGCGCGUUCUGAAGAUGAUGUAGAGGUAGAUGCAAUUAUGGGAAAACUUGCACGAGCAACAGCCUCUGCAUAUAAAUUUAAUGAACCUCGUGGUGAAAAUGAAGGACAUACAGGUCCUAUCGGAACAACAUAUCGCCGAGUAAUCCCUGAGCAAGAGAUAAAUGCAACAGAAAGAGAUCUUUGGCAAAAGGAAGAAAUGGAAGAAAAAAAGAGAUUGGAGCAAGAACGGCUACGUUGUGAACAAGAACGACAGAAGUUAGAAAAAGAAGUUAGAGCUCGAGAAGAAAAGGAAGCACAGAUGAGAGAGCAACAAGUAACUGCUAAAGAAAACUCGAUUGCGCGGCAAAAGUUGGCCGAACAACGUGUCGAGGAAGCAAACAACUUACGCAAUCAAAUAGCUGCACAAAAUUAUAACAAUGAUGUCGAGGAUGAUCAUAAAUCACGAAGCGAAGAACUACGAAGACAAAGGAGCAAAGAGACACAACAGUUGAUAGCUCAAAGAACAAUAAACGCUAGAGCGGUAUUCGAACAGAAUUCGGCAGCCGGUCAAAUGAAGACAGGUUCGGUUCAACAAUUUUUACCCAAAAACAAUCAUGUGGAAUCAAUGAGGAAAGCGUUAGAGGAUGCUCAGAUAAAGGAUCAGCCUGAUGUAAAAUCUCACGAAGAAGAGAAAAAACCAGCUGAAGAGAAAAAACUUAAAAAUGCGGAAACAGUGACUUUAUCAUCUGCAGUGCCUCAAUCUCAAAAUACUAAUAACCAGGAAUCAAAAACAACCGCGAAGAAUCCACAGUCAGAAUCCGAACAAGCUGUAGAAACUAAAGAACAAGUGACUGAAAAUGAAUUGUAUAAUCAGUUGGAUGGUCCGUAUUUAUAUUUCGAUCCGAAUAACGAGGGAAUGAAAGCCAGAGCUUUGUACGAUUAUCAAGCCGCUGACGAUACGGAAAUUACUUUUGAUCCUGGAGAUAUAAUUACGCAUAUAGACGCCAUCGAUGAAGGCUGGUGGCAAGGGCUUGGGCCUGAUGGGACUUAUGGACUCUUUCCUGCCAAUUAUGUUGAAGUUAUUGACUAUAAUACAACAUGAUAGAAAGGAUGGUAAUUUCCAAAAAAAAAAGAUUAAGAAUAUUAUCCUUUUUCUUUUCAUAAUCACCCACAUACAAUCGUUUGCGAGAAUUAAUGCGCAAUUUUAUCUUUGAUAAUUACAACUGUCUUUAGAUGUAAUUAAAACCGAACCACGUGAUAAGGUAAUGAUUAGAAGAACGUUUUGAAUGACUAGAAAACAUUUUUGUGACAGAAAUGUGCUUAACAUAUUUAAUAGCAAUUGAAAUGCACGUCUCCACAAUGUUUUGCGCCUUCCAUACCAUUGUUUAAUCUUCAGACAUUUAUCCAAGAAGUGAGUAUACACACAAUUGAUCUUCAAUUAAAACCUCACAAUAAAACCUCAUAUUGAUUAAAAUAGUAAUUAUAUUCGGUGAAGUGUGUCUUCCCAGCAGAUCAUAUAGGUUUUAUCCGAUCAUUAAUUAGUAUUAUAUAAAUAUAUAUAUCUUUUUAUAACAUCCUGUAUCAGAUGCCAAUGUAGCAAUAAUUAACAACCUUACAAUAUUCACAGAACUGUGUCACACGAAACUGUAAUAGUUACUUAUUCAUUUAAACAUAAUCAUUUUUAGAACAAUAAAUAUUUCAAUUUGUUACAGUUUAA